CAAACUUAUGUCAUCCUUGACAUGUACUUUUAAAACAUGUACUUUACAUAAAUUUGUUUGUUCAGAUUAUGAUUUCCUGUUGUGGAAAGAAUCGUUCAAACGUAUGUUAUUUUCUAGAGGGAUUGCAUCAUAGCCGCAAAAAGAAUCUGUCUUACAUCUACUUACUAACAUAGGGACAACUUGAUAAACAAAUGCAAGCAUCAUGGCGGCAUCUCUAGCAGUUGCCCAUUAACGUGGACCGCUUAAGAUUCCGAAGAGGGAUACUGGGACAGCUUUUGCCAAUUACACUUCGAUCUUUGUUCCCGAUACUUGCCGUAGAGAGAAAAAUAACCAUGGAAGCUGAUCACCUAUGGAAUAUCUUUGAAAACCACGGUCUCAAACUACCAGAUUAUUUGAUCAAGCUACUGUUAUGUAGUGGAUAUGAUAACCUCCAAUCACUGUCCAAAUUAGCAACCCACCAAUUGAUUGGGGAACUGGAAAAUUAUGCAACAGAUUGUCUGGAUGCAGCUGACAUAGGGGUCCCUGAAAUUGAAGCAAAAUAUUACUUCAGUCGACAAACAAUGAAAUUCCACAUUUUACCAGGACACAAACAUUUGCUGAUUGCUGCAGCUGAAAUGGCAGUGAAAAUGUUGCAUCUUUCUGACAAUGAUAACGAUUCGGAACACGAAAAAGUACGCGAAGAACAUGAUCAGUCAUUGUCGAUGGAUGAUGAAAAAUCAAGCCACAAUGGCCUGCAUUUUCUUUCAGAAUUCUCUACACUUGGUAGCCGAACUGGGACUAAAAAAAAUGCUUUAUCAAGUAGUCCUGAAGUGGUUGCAUCAGUAGAGGAAGAGCAGAACUCAUUGGUAGAAUUUCUGAAAACAUGGAUUGCUCGUAAAGUCCUUUCGGGUCGUUUGGCGCCCUUCCUUUUCGAUGUUGACUACAGGAUCCAAGUGUACCGGCCGAAAUCAUACAACCAACCAACGCGGACAAACAUCUAUUCAUUUGUUUGCCUUCGCUGUAACACGACGAUACGAGCAUUUAAACGGCCAAAUGGUCAACAUUGGAACGCGGCAAAUGUCUGUCGUCACAUUACAUCUGUUCACUUUCUUAUGGAACCGUCAAAAACAGAGAGAAUGAGUAAUUCGAAGUCAAACUACAUUGUUUCAAGCCUUUCGACUCCACCCCUUUCAGAUUCACCGCCAAACGAACAAGAUCCCCUCAACUGAAAUAUUUCAUAUAUAAUAUUGGUCAUUUAUAAUAGUAGAAUGAGACGCUAGUUAUUAUUAUUUUGUUAUCGAAUCGUAAACAUGUUGUACGGCCUCAAUAAAAAGUAUGUUUUGUUUUUCGUUGUUCAGUCACAAGAAUGUUCAGUCCUCAUUCUCGAUUUUCAAAGACGGUCAUCCCUAACGGUCAUCUCCUUCCGUAUCGCCUCAGCCCACUUCCAAAAUAAUUCCGGAAGGUUUAGCAGGGUUUAUCCACGCCCCUAUAAUUAUAUUUUUCUGCUGAACUGUCAAGCAUCAAGCUGAAGAACACAGGGGGUUUAACAGCCGCUGAGUUUGUAUUUUCUUUUCAUAGCGUUUUGCCGACUGCGACGGAAACAAUCGCCUUAUUUCACAUAACCCUCCCUUUUCGGAGGUGAUGAAAAAUCCGGAUUAUUUGGAGAGGACGUUGCCGACGGAUUUGAAUUUAUAGAUUUAAAGAGGAGAGUUGUUUACUAGCAUGUAUUGUUUUAGCCAGUUCUGCUAUAUUUUUAUUCACAUUUAAAAUAUUCUCCCUUCCACACCUUCGACUUCAGGGCGUUGAUCAACCAGCCCUUCGAGACGAACACAGUUAAUUCUCAAGAUGGAGAAGUGAUUCCUGCAAACUGUUAAGAUAUAUUGUAUGUAUAUGUGUAUACUAGCUUGGAUUAAUUUUUUAAAAA